UUCACUAUGAAAUCACUGGUAAAGAGGAAACAUUCUAAUAUGGAAUUCAAGUAUUUCAUCUUAAUUUUGCUUUGUCAAUACCUGAACAGCAUGCUUUUCUCAGAGACAGAAGCAAUUACAACAGAGCAGCAACCACAGUCUACCUUGCUUACAUCAUCAGUGUUAUAUGUUGCAACUAAUUCUCAAAACGCAGCUACAGCACGGAAUGCUUUGAGUCAAACAACACAAUUCAGCAACACUCCUUCUGGACAACAACUACCAUCUGCCCAAACCACUCCUGGACAACCAACACCAGCUGCUUAUGGCUCUCCAAGACCACCUGCCUAUAACAUCAGCAGACAAGCGAUAUCAACAGCCAACAACUCCUUCCCACAAACAUCACUACCUGGGUUCACUUCGGCCAAUCAAGCAUCAUCUUCUUCCCACAAUUCCACCAGACAACCACCAAGAUCGCUUCCUUACACUUCCACACAACAGCCACCACUGCCUGCCUCUACCCCUUCUGAAAAGCCAGUACUACAGACUAUUGACAAUCAACCUACAAAGUUAUCACCUACUUAUUUACCUAGGACUGACAAUUUACCAAAGAAUACACCCUCACCACCUGUUACCCCAAAACCAAAGAGUGGCAACGGAAUUGCACAAAAUGCAAUAGCUGCCAUAUUAAUUGGUACAAUUAUGAUUUCUAUGUUGGUAGCUAUAUUCAUGCUUAUACUGUGGAAAUACUGGAGGAAACCAGUUGUCAAUGAUCAAAACUGGGCGGGCAGGUCUCCAUUUGCUGAUGGAGAAACCCCAGACAUGUGUAUGGGUAACAUUAGAGAGAGUGAGGUACCCACAAAACGCUCAUCAGUUGUUUCACUUAUGACCUGGAAACCAAGCAAAAGCACAUUGUUAGCAGAUGAUUUGGAAGUUAAGCUGUUUGAAUCAAGUGAACACAUUAAUGAUACCAACAACCUCAAAACUGAGAAUGCAAAAGAUCAAGUAAAUGGUUUAUCAGAAGACAGUGCUGAUGGGUCAACAAUUGGUACAGCUGUGUCUUCUUCAGAUGAUGCAGAUCUGCCCCUGCCACCUCCCCUUCUGGAUGUGGGUGGGAACCUAUCAGACAAGCCCACAAUGAGAAUUGAUUCUCUUUUACCAAAUGAUUCUACCAAUCUCCAACCAUUUCCACACAGUCUAAAUCAAGUGUGUGAAGAUGAUAAUUCCACGAUCAAACAGUCAUUUCCGCCACCCCCUGACUCAGUUACCUCACCUCUGUCAGCAGUAGAUUCUAUAAACAAUCAAGAGUGCAAACAAGAGACUAGCCCGGAGUUCUCUACUCCUGACUCCUACCAAGAUCUCACUGACUCCCUGCCACCUCCACCUCCAGAGCUACUGUAAAGCGACAGUUUACAUUCUAGCCUGUCAUCCAUCCUGAGAUGACGCAGUCCCAUUCC